GCCCUUCACAGCAGCAUCAGCACUGUGGCAUCCUUCUCUGCUCUCUUCUCUCCUCAACGACCAUGAGCUCCAUCAGUUACAACCCCUAUUUCCCAUCUGUACAGCGCAGACGGGUGGCAGUGCGCAGCGGGACUAGUUUCGGGGGAGGAAGUAGUCGCUCCCGUCCUAUCUACACGACUUAUGCAUCACCAUCCCGCUCCUCGGCUCUCUCCUCCACUGCAGCUCUGCAGCGUUCUGCUGCCUCAGCAGACUUGGAAUUGAGCCAGGCAUCUCAGCUGAGCUCAGAGUUCAAGACUGUGCGGACUCAGGAGAGGGCCCAGCUUCAGGAUCUCAAUGACCGCUUUGUGAGCUUCAUUGAGCGUGUGCACGGUCUCGAGCUCCAGAACCGGGCCCUGGAGGGUGAGCUGCUCUUGUUGCGUCAAAGGCACUGUGAGCCCACCAAUCUGAGGGCGCUUUAUGAGCAGGAGGCGAGGGAACUCAGCGCAGCGGUUGAUGAGGCCCGUUGGGAGCGCCAAGCUGCUCAAGACAGGCAUGACCAUCUGGAAGAUGCACUGAAAGAGUUGCAGAGUCACUAUGAAGACGAAGUUCUAGCCCGUGAGGAGGCAGAAGGCCGGUUGAUAGAUGCCAGGAAGGGAGCGGAUGAAGCAGCACUUGCCCGCUCUGAGCUUGAGAAAAGGGCAGACACUCUGUUAGAUGAGCUGGCCUUCUUGAAGAGGAUCCAUGAAGGUGAGAUUGCCGAGCUGCAAGCUCAGGUGCAGUACAGUGCCCAGGUGUCGGUGGAGAUGGAGGUGGCCAAGCCGGAUCUUUCUGCGGCUCUCAAAGACAUCCGAGGCCAGUAUGAGCGCCUGGCCCAGCAGAACAUCCAGGCAGCUGAGGAGUGGUUCCUUGGGAAAGUCAACACCAUGACGAAAGACACAGCCAAACAUUCCGAGAACAUCCGCACCGCAAAGGAUGAGGUUGGAGAGUAUCGUCGCCUACUGAAAACCCGAGACCUGGAGAUUGAGGCCUGCCAGGGUCAGAAUCACGCUCUAGAGAGACAGCUGCAAGAGGUGGAGGAGAAGCAGAGUUCUGAGAUCGCCGCCCUACAGGAUAACAUCAGUGACCUGGAGAAUGAGCUAAGGUCCAUGAAGAGUGAAAUGGCUCAUUACCUUAAAGAAUAUCAAGACCUCCUCAAUGUGAAAAUGGCCUUGGAGAUUGAGAUUGCUGCUUACAGGAAGCUUCUAGAAGGAGAAGAAACCCGCUUCAACGUAGGGGGUAUUGGUGGCAUGUCAAGUGUGUUUUCUCCCUCCAUCGCCGCCACUCCUUCUUUUGGUCGUCCCGUGUUCUCUGUGCAGGCCAGCCGGACAUCUGGUGCCCCCUAUCUUUUGGGGACCAGACUGAUGAGCUACUCUGCCAUGACAAAUGAGAUUGUAGAAGCCAGCCAGGCACAAGAGGCAGGAGCGAGUCCAGAGAAAGAAGAGGAGGAGGAAGAGGUAGAAGAAAGAGGUGAAGAAAUAGAGGAGGGUGAAGAAGGAGAUGAAGAGGGAGGAGAGGAGGAAGGAGAACAGGAUAAGGAAGAAGGAAAAGAGGAGGAGGAAGAAGUAGGAGACGGUGAAGAGGGUGAUAAAGAAGAAGAAGAGGAUGCAGAAGACGCAGAGAAGGAUGACAAUGGAAAAGAGGAGGAAAAGAAAGGAGAUGAAAAAGAGAGCCAAGCCAAGAAAAGCCAACCAAAAGAAUAGUAAUCAGAUGCAACCAAAAUCCCCGGUGCUAGCUAGAGGUGAUCAAACCUCGUACAUACAGUAUACAGUAUAUUACACAUGCAGACAUCACAGCAAGUCCUAUAACGACAUUAAACCCAGAGUAUGCAUGGACACAUGCCUUUUCUAUGCGCUUGGCAGGAAGAUGUGAUUGCAGGUCCCUUAUGUUGGUUGUUUGUUUGUUUAUCUAGUUAGUAAGAUGCAAAAAAUGUGUUUAAUUAUUUUAGCAUUGUGUUAGUAUGCCUUCAGCAUUUAUCAGUUUGAAACUAUGAACUGCCUUCAACUAAGUGUGCUUAGUAUUCAAAAUGCCUUAGACCAGACCCUCAAAGACAGGCUUGUUGCCAACCAAUAAACACUUGUCAA